UUGGUAUUGGUUAGCUUGUUACAAUUGACUCUUCCAAAUGCCUUCAACGUUAGCCUUAUUCUUUGUCCUCUUGGGAACUCUCUGCUCCUUUAUCUACUUCUUCCGGACACCAACCAACAACAAAAAUGGCCGAAAACUACCACCGGGACCACCCCAACUUCCGAUAAUCGGUAACCUCCAUAUCCUAGGAAACCUUCCACACCAAAGUCUUCACCGUCUGGCCAAAAAAUAUGGACCCAUAAUGUCCAUUAAACUAGGCUAUGUGCCUACAAUUGUGGUAUCGUCAGCCGAAGCAGCUGAAUUAUUCCUCAAGGUCCAUGACGUCGUUUUUGCUAGCAGGCCGAAAGUCCAAUCCGCCGAUUACUUGACAUGCGGUGCGAAGGGAUUGGCUUUUACCGAGUACGGUUCCUAUUGGCGAACGGUACGAAAAUGGUGUAUAUUGCAUCUACUUAGUGCUUCGAAAGUCGAAUGUUUCACUCUCGUCAGGAAGGAGGAGACGGUGUUGUUAGUCGAAUCGGUGAGGAAGACAGCGCCGGAGGCUAAAACAUUGAACAUUAGUCAGCAGGUAGGUAAGGUUGUCGAAGCGAUAAUGUCUAGAGUCAUUUUUGGACGGCGUAUGGAUGACGAAAUCGAAUUUAAGCCACUAAUUGAAGAGACCAUGUACUUGGCUGGGGUUUUCAACCUGUCGGAUUACGUUCCUCUUCUUGCUCCACUUGAUCUUCAGGGACUAAAAAGAAGGCUUAAGAGGACGAGCAAUGGCCUUCACGCAAUUUUCGAUAAACUAAUCGAUGAACAUGAACAAGGAUCGACAAACACCGAGGAGCGAAAUUCUUAUACAGAUUUUUUUCAUGUGAUGGUUUCGUUGUUGAACACUCCGAUGAACCCUACCGACAAGGAGCAAUACAUCAUCGGUAGAGAAAACAUCAGGGCUAUACUGGUGGACAUGGUGGCAGCUUCAUUCGACACGACAACUACAGCCAUCGAGUGGACGCUUUCGGAACUUCUAAGGCAUCCUCGAGUGAUGACUUGUCUCCAGCAAGAGUUGGAAACCGUCAUCGGAAGGAAUCGAAUGGUCGAAGAGGCGGAUCUACCGAAACUUACUUACUUGGAUAUGGUCGUCAAAGAGAGUUUGAGGUUGCAUCCGGUGGCUCCCUUAUUAAUUCCACACGAAUCGACGGAAGAUAUCACCGUUACUGGAUAUUUCAUACCGAAGAAGUCGCGAAUCGUGGUGAAUACUUGGUCGAUUGGGCGAGACCCCAAAGUGUGGUCGGACAAUGCAGAAGAGUUCUUUCCAGAGAGAUUUGAGGAUAGCAGCAUAGACCUUAGAGGACAUGAUUUCCAACUCAUCCCUUUCGGAGCUGGCCGAAGAGGAUGCCCUGGAAUGCAAUUAGGACUAACAACCAUGCGUUUAAUUAUAGCUCAGUUAGUCCAUUGCUUCGAUUGGGAGUUGCCCAAUGCUAUGUUGCCUAAUGAGCUCGACAUGACCGAGAAGUUUGGUCUCUCAGUGCCGAGGGCUGAGCAUUUGUUUGCGAAGCCAACCUAUCGUUUAGUUGGUUAAAAUGGCGCAACGUCUGUUUUUGCACUAAAUAAAUAAAUAAAAGGGUAGUCUUAGGGUAAGCUCUUAAGUAUAAGGUUAUAUUUAGGGUUGGCAUGGCCAAAAUACAAAGUCAUCACCAUGUUGGCAAUGAUUGUUUAUGUCUAAAUCCUGUUAAGGAUAUUCAUGUUAUUUCCUCUUGUGUAAGUUAAAAUU